AUGGAACCUUGUUCUUGGAACUCAACAAGGGUGCAAGCCUCUGAUUUUGAAGGAAUGAGUGAUGGGUUUUUGGUGAAUACUGGUUUACAAGCCAAAACAAGAACUGGGCCAUCUUCAACUUCCUCUUUGGUUUUGGAUAAUGAAAGGGGAGAGCUUGUGGAGGCUACUGUGAGAAUGGAGAGGAAAGGGGUGGCGGCUGAGAGAAGCAUUGCCGCUUUAAAGAAUCAUAGUGAAGCUGAGAAGAAGCGUAGAGCGAGGAUUAAUGCACAUCUUGACACACUUAGGAGCCUAGUACCUGGUACUAGGAAGAUGGACAAGGCAUCGUUGCUUGCUGAAGUUAUAGCUCACCUAAAGGAGCUGAAGAGGCAGGCAACAGAAGCUAGUGAAGGUCUUCUCAUGCCAUUGGAUAUUGAUGAAGUGAGAGUUGAACAGCAAGAGGAUGGUUUGCUCAGUGCCCCUUAUGUAAUCAGGGCAUCUAUAUGUUGUGAUUGCAAGCCUGGAAUUCUGUCUGAUUUAAGACAAGCACUUGAUGCUCUCCAUCUAAUAAUAAUGAAGGCAGAGAUUGCGACUUUGGAAGGCAGGAUGAAGAAUGUUUUUGUGAUGAGCAGCUGCAAAGAAGGGGAUAGUGGUGAUGCUAAAGUACACCAGUUUCUUGCUGGCUCCAUCCACCAGGCAUUUAGAUCCAUACUAGACAAAUUUUCUGCCUCACAAGAAUUCUUAUUAAAAUCCACACUUUCGAACAAGAGGAGAAGGGUUGACUCAUUCAAACCGUCCUUGUCAUCUUCUUCAGGAGAUCUCUGGUGAGCCUAUGAUUUUUUGGCUGUGGUUGCUCCUUGUAUAAUGUUCAUUAUCUCCUUACCUGUAAUAGACGAUUGUGAUGCAGUUGGUCAUAGCAUGUUUUAUCUUGUUCUGUAUGAAAACGAGAGUAGUACAAUUACAGAUGUCUCAAGCCUGCAUAUUAGAUAGAUGGCUAGAUGUCCUACACUUGUUGUAUCGAGAAUUACUGUUAGCAUAGUGCAAUAAUAAUGUUUAUUAUCUCAAUAUAAUUUCUUCGGGAAGUUAUUUCAUGAAAUCUUUGACAGAACUUUUAAUAAUUAAUGUAAGUUGGCUUUUAAUUUUCGCUUA